UUUCUGCACCAGUCGUCUAUCGGUUGUAGCCACAUACAGUUCGAUAUUUGCUAACCAAUUUUAAGAGGAGACCGAAGAUCAACAAUGAACCGUCGACUUCCAGAAGCUUUAAACCAGUGCCAGAGGUUCCUCUUUGCAGUAAACAGCCAUGCAAAACCGGCCUUUUCCGCUAGAUUUCUUUCAACAUCGCGGGUGAACCACGAGCGGCAAGAAUGUCAAGUUCUGGUUGUGGGCGGCGGAACUGGCGGCUGUGCCAUGGCCGCCAAGUUGUCCUCGCGUCUUGGCAGCAACAAGGUGAUCGUCUUGGAACCCGAAGAAAAACACUACUAUCAGCCCAUGUUCACUCUAAUUGGAGGUGGAAUGAAGCGACUGGACCAAAGUCACAGGCAAAUGUCGGAUGUCUUGCCCAAAAAAGCCAAAUGGGUGAAAGAAAAGGCCGUGGAAUUCGAUCCGGAUAAUAAUACGGUUAGCACAUCCGGCGGUAAGACGAUCAAGUACGAUUUCCUUGUUAUUGCCACAGGAAUGCAGCUAAGAUAUGAAAAGAUCCCUGGACUUGUAGAGGCCCUGGAGACCCCGGAUAGCAAUGUUUGUUCCAUAUAUUCGCCCAAGUACGUGGAUCACGUGUACGAGUGUCUGCGUAGGACAUACAAGGGAAAUGUGAUCUUUACCUUUCCCCAUUGUCCCAUCAAAUGUGCAGGUGCACCUCAGAAAAUCGCCUAUAUAUCGGACCACUACUUCAGGAAGUUGGGUCGCCGCGAAAACGUCAAUAUUAUUUACAACACAUCUCUUCCUGUGAUUUUUGGCGUAAAGCAUUACGCGGAUGCCUUGAUGAAACUGGUCAAGAGGCGAAAUAUUACGCUCAAUGUAAGCAGAAAUCUCGUAGAGGUCAGACACGGCGACAAUAUAGCUGUCUUUGAGGACCUCACAAAACCCGGAGAGUUCUAUGAGGAAACGUACUCCAUGCUCCAUGUGACGCCACCGAUGACCGCUCCGGAUGUGGUAGCCAAUUGCAAGCAGCUGGUCACCCCCACCGGAUUCGUGGACGUGGACCAGGCGACGAUGCAGCACACCAAGUACAGCAACGUGUUCUCCAUCGGCGAUUCGGCAAGCUCCCCCAACUCAAAAACGGCGGCGGCGGCAGCUGCACAGUCACCGGUGGUUUUUAGGAACCUGAUGGCCGCGAUCGAGGGCAAGAAUCCCACGGACCUCUACGACGGGUACUCCUCCUGUCCCAUCGUCACCGGAUACAGCUCCUGCAUUCUAGCGGAAUUUGAUUAUACACUUACGCCCGUGGAAACAUUCCCUGUGGAUCAGAGCAAGGAGAGGUAUUCGAUGUUUUUCAUGAAGAAGGAACUGAUGCCGGUGCUCUACUGGAAGCUCAUGAUGAAGGGUUAUUGGAAUGGACCGGCACUCAUGCGAAAAAUGUUCUCCGUUCUUAAAUUUAAUAAAAAGUAAUAUUAACCUUA